GGAAAGUUAAGGAAUGCGGAAAGGUGAGUGAUGGAGAAGAGAUUGAGGUUUAGCCAAAACUCCAAAAGGGACCGAAGGUUUUUGCGUUCUUUCCCAUAAAGCAAAGCAGGCAAAGGCUGAUGAUGAGAAGACUGCUCACACUCACACAAACAUAAACAACAAUAACAACAACAACAACUUCCUCUUCCACUCUUUUCCUUUCAAUUUCCAGACAAACCACAGUCACUGUGACCCAAAAAUCGAGAGACUGGAAGAAGGAAUCAGAUGCCAUUACUUACAUACGUUAGUUUAACUGCCACACCCACAAGGGAAUCCAAUUUUAUCUUCUUCUUCUUCUUCCUUUGAUUCUCUUAAAAAAGUUUACUUGCCUUCUUCAAACUCCAAAGCUUUCAAGACACUCACAAAUGGCGCCAUCCCAUUAUUGCGGGAUGCGCUUUUAGAUCUGGGUUUGGCUGAGGAAGAGCGCCCCCUUUGAAGACCAAAUGAUCCAAACAUUUUUGAAACCCACGAAACCCAAUAAAAUUGCAAGUUUUGAGGUAAAUGACAUGUUUCAACAACAGAGUGCCCAUAAUUCAAGCUUUAUUCAGAACAACUCAUUAGUUUGUCAUGGACCCCACAAAUGGAAAUAAUGCUACCAGCAAAAACCCAAAUGUGGCCUCAAAGCAGAGACUGCGAUGGACACAUGAUCUUCACGAACGAUUUGUUAAUGCAGUCGCACAACUUGGUGGUCCAGAUCGUGCUACACCCAAAGGCGUCCUUAGAGUAAUGGGUGUUCAAGGUUUAACAAUAUAUCACGUCAAAAGCCACCUACAGAAAUAUCGACUUGCAAAAUACCUUCCCGACUCCUCGUCUGAUGGAAAAAAGACCGACAAGAAGGAUUCUAGUGACAUUCUAUCAAACAUUGAUGGCUCGUCGGGAAUGCAAAUUACUGAAGCACUUAAGCUGCAGAUGGAGGUCCAGAAGCGACUACAUGAACAAUUGGAGGUACAGAGACAGCUACAGUUACGGAUUGAAGCCCAAGGCAAGUACUUGAAGAAGAUAAUCGAAGAGCAACAAAAACUUAGUGGGGUUCUUUCAGGAGCUCCAGCUGCCUCUGCCUUUACAGCUCCUGCUUCUGGUGAUAACUGCCCAGAAGCUGAUAAAAACGACCCACCGACACCCGCGUCCACAUCCGAGUUUCCUCGCCAAGAGAAAGUAUCAAAGGAACGUGCCCAAGGCAAGAGUGUCUCUAUUGAUGAUUCUUUCUCGUCUCAUCACGAACCGUUGACGCCCGAUUCUGGUUGCCAUAGCUCCCCAAGUGAGAGUGCAAGGCCAGUGAAGAAGCAAAGACAGGACAUGGAUGGUGCAUUUGCCAAAUCAGAGAUGAUACUUGCACAUCAGAUACUGGAGUCUAGUUUAAACUCCACUCACAAGGAAUGAACUUCAUCUGGAAUAUCGAUAGGGAACGACGGCCAAUUAGAUUAAACAAGGUUUUUUAUAGUCCUAGUGUUCUUUGUUUACAAGUUAUCUUCCACGGUUAACUCCGAUUAUAGUUUUGCUAGUCAUUACAUAUUUCGGUGUAUCAUAUCACAUCUCGGCACAUAAAUGCUUUCCUGAGUAGGACCAAUAUUUGGUGAACCAUGAUGGUUAUGUUGAUGAUCCGGAAAGGACCGAUGUUUAAUCUUAAAGAAUUGUCUGGAGUUGAAUUCAA